GCCAAAAACCCACCCCCUAAAUUCAAUCAAUCAUUUUCUCCAUCAACUUCUCUAUAAAUUAAAUCUCAUCCGUGUGAAUCAAGGCAUAGUUCACCCUCCAUCAAACUCUGUCCACAACCCAAGGCCGAGGCCUAAAUCAAACUUAAUUAAAACCACCCUUUUCAAAACCUUCAUCUUUUGCUUCAUCCCCUUUAUCAUUUCUGCCUAUCUCCUUGCUCACCUCAACAACAAUCAAAGUGGGAAGAAUUCUGAAAUGGUGAUUUUGAAAUUUCAUAAUGACCCUGAUAUUGCUAAUGUGGAUUCAAGUGAAAACGAGUCUGUUCCUUCUAAAGGAACGAUUUUGAGGACUAAAACUGGUUAUGUUUCUUCAACAAUGGGGGAGCCUUGCGUUUCUUGCACCACCUUCAACAUCCUGGCUCCUAUCUACAAACGAUUGGAUCAGCAGCAGAACCAGAGCGUACGAGAAAGUGAUUUUAAAGCAUUUUGGCUAGCUAGAAAUGAGAGGAUUGUAGAUUGGUUGCUAUAUGAGAGGUCUUCCAUUAUCUGUCUCCAGGAAUUUUGGGUUGGAAAUGAAGAAUUGGUGCAUAUGUAUGAAGAAAGGCUUGGUGGUGCUGGCUAUGAUACCUUCAAGCUUGCAAGAACGAACAACCGAGGAGAUGGUUUGCUGACUGCUAUACACAAGGAGUACUUCAGGGUUUUAAAUCAUAGAGAGUUGCUCUUCAAUGACUUUGGAGACCGUGUUGCUCAAUUGUUACAUGUUCAAUCAGUUGUUCCUUUCUCACAAAAUUGGAAUGACAGUGUUGAACAAGAAAUUCUUAUUGUGAACACUCACCUGUUAUUUCCUCAUGAUUCCAGUUUAUCUAUCGUAAGACUGCAUCAGGUUUACCAAAUACUACAAUAUCUGGAAACAUAUCAGGAAGAAAACAAACUCAGCCAGAUGCCUGUCAUACUCUGUGGUGACUGGAAUGGAAGCAAGCGUGGGCACGUUUACAAAUUCCUUAGGUCCCAGGGAUUUGUAUCAUCUUAUGAUAUUGCUCAUGAAUAUACAGACAGCGAUGCAGAUGCUCACAAGUGGGUUAGCCAUCGAAAUCAUAGGGGAAACAUCUGUGGUGUCGAUUUCAUAUGGCUUCAUAAUCCUAAUAAGUCACAAAAACCAUUGAAGAUAAGUUGGGCUGAAGCAGCUUUUGGCAUAAUAAAGUAUCAACUUCAAAAGGCUUCAUUGGCUGAAAAUGAUGCCUUUUCCUUUCUGAGGGCUGACAACAAUGGCAACUAUAUAACUUAUUCAGCUUUUUGUAAAGCACUUAGACAGGUAAAUUUAACUGGUCUUUCUCACGGACUAAGUUUCCAGGAAAUAAAAGAUCUCUGGGUCCAAGCAGACAUUGAUGGAAAUGGCGUUCUAGACUAUGAAGAAUUUAAGAGAAUUUGGAAUUCUACAUGGUCAGAACAUAUGGAUGAAGAUUGCACCUUGGAGGAUUCCGAUAAUAGCAUUGAGGACGAAGCUAUUGGUUUGGCAGUAAAGAAUGCAGUUCUCUUCCCCCGUGAAGUGGAGAAGGGGAUAUGGCCAGAAAACUACUCGCUUUCUGAUCAUGCCCGACUCACUGCAGUGUUCUCACCAGUGAGGUUACAGUGUUCACGGCAAAGCCUGUAGAACAUUUGUUGAUAGCACAAAAAUAACACAACUUUUGUUUACACAUUUCAAAAAAUUCUGUAAAGUUUUGGAAAUACAUUUUUGUAUAGCCAUGGAAAGUUGGUUCCUCACUUCGGUUUAGCCAUUUAUGGCGAACAAGCACCAGAAGAAGAAGAAAAUGUAAAUGCCAAUUUUGGUUAGGCAAGCAGACUUGGCAAACUAUCUGGCCUUAUUUGUAUUUACAAGUUUCCAGUGUCAAGCAGAACAACCUACUGAAUGACAAUCUCAUCACUUGUGACA